AUGGGUGCUAAACGGGAGAACACCUUGGUAGUAGACUUUAGUGUGCUGCCGAAGCGACCAGAUGCAUCUGCCGUACAGAAAUUCAUGUACGGUGAGUUGAAACUGGACAUAGCGGACGCCUUAAACAUCCAGGAUGUUUUACAGUUUCACAAUGUUAGAAACUGUGUCCACGUCGAGAUGAUAGAUGCAGCAACAGAGAAGCGCUACUUUGCAUCACACCAUCUAAAACAUACUAUGCAGUGUGAGAAAAAAGCUUACAAAAUUCCAGUGUUCGUGGAAGACGAAACCGUUAACGUGAGAAUCCAUGAUCUCCCUCCGAAAACACCUAGCACGGUGAUUAUAGAAAGUAUGCGACCAUACGGUACUAUUCUUUCCAUCAGCAGAGAAAUGUGGAAGAAUUAUUGUUCCGGCAUCCACAAUGGAGUACGUGUAGUACGGAUGAAGAUCAAACAACUCAUCCCUUCCUAUCUGAUGAUCGACGGUGAGACAACAUUGAUUACAUAUCGCAAUCAAGCAAAACCUGCAUGUUCUGUGGACAAAAGGCUCAUCCCCGACAAAAAAGCAGCAAAGUGCACCAAAGAGAGCAAACUACCCGAACGUGGAUUGAAACAUUUAAGCAAAAUUGAACCUGCGAAACACAACGAGAUGAUGACGGGCACUGGCUGCGAGUGUGACUGCGUGGAAAACCGAUUGUCUGCAGCGAAGAAGAGAGUCCUUACCUUCCGCGCCAACAGCAACCGCAAGGACUUGAACGCUCCCUCCCCCAUCUACCCCAACGUUUUCCUGCCCUGGCACAAAACCCGCUGGUUGCAGUGCAUUGUGAUCACUGCCAUCACUUGA